AUGAUUUUCUCUCAACCAUUCUGUCAAUCUAUUUCAACAACAUCUCCAACUUUAAAUAGUCCUACACAGUAUGAUUCGUUUCCACGUACAGAAGAAAAUCAUUUAAUUACACGAAAACUAUUAUCAGUUUGUGAAACAGAUACUUUAAUGCAAAAAUCACCCAUUUGUACUGUCAGUGAAAAUAAUCAACUUCAAAUGUUUCAGUCAGCUAAGAUAAGAAGUGAUGAAUUUAGCUUGAUACAAAUGAAUGAUGUUCCAAAUCAAAAUGUUUCAAGAAGUAAUACAAUACUACCACCUGUAAGUAAUAUACUGAUGCCAAAUAAUAUGCACAUUAUGUCAGAAGAUACGAAACACAUGACCAAUUCGUAUUAUUCUUCAGUUGUUGCAUCAAUUCCAUCAUCUUCAUCUUUGAAUUAUCCUGAAUCUGAUUUAUCAACUAAAGAUCUUAUAAAAUCAAGUUUCAUACCACAUGAUUUGGGAUAUGAAAGUGAGAAACUAAUAUUGCAAUCACAACAACAACACCAGCCACAAAACCGAUUGGAUUACAAUGUUUGUUUAGAUAAUCGUAAACAAAAUCUAGAAAAAUAUUCAUAUGGACAAAUGGCAAUAAAUGAAUCACCGUUUCUUCCCUUGACAUUGUCAACAUCGAUUUUAUCAUCGUCAUCACCAUCAUCAUCAUCAUCUUCAGUCAUUACAAUGCAAUCAAAUUUGGCUAAUAAUCAUGUAACUGUUUCCAAUAACAAUAUGAACAGUGAAAGAAUUAAGCGACCAAUGAAUGCAUUUAUGGUAUGGUCACGUUUACAAAGACGUAAAAUGGCUGAAGAGAAUCCUAAACUUCAUAACUCUGAAAUCAGUAAACAAUUAGGUAAUAUGUGGAAAUCUUUAACAAAUACUGAUAAAAUUCCAUUUAUUGAAGAAGCUAACCGAUUACGUGAUUGUCAUAUGAGACGUUAUCCAAAUUACAAAUAUUGUCCUAGACGAAAACGUAAACAACCAACAAAUAAAGUUGUAUUACAGCAUAAAGUAAAAACUACCUCUGAAUUACCUCUUGAAUUAGUUUUAUGUCCUACCCGUUCAAAUUGUUUUCAAGCAUCAAGGUUAACAAGAGUUUCAAAAGUUGUCACUCAACCAUUUAAUAAACCACGUAUCCCUAUUAUUGCUCCAACAAUGAAAUCAUAUGAAAUAACACAAAAUAGAAAUAUGUUUGUCAAUGAGAUGAACCAUAAACCAGAACCAUUUAUAAUAACAUCUCAAAUGAAUAUGAUGCCAAUGGGUAACAAACUUAGAUCAAAUAUAUGUACAUCAGUUCAAAAUUUAAUGACAGAUAACAAUUCAGCAUAUCUUCAGUCAACUGAUACAAUUUAUGAUCCUUACAAAACUCAAUUACCAAAUACAUUUCAUAAUAUGAACAAUCAACAUAAUAUAACUAAUUAUCCUGAUCAGAAAGAGUUUUAUACAGAUUUUAAUGUAUGUCAACCUACAACUAGUAAUGAUAUAAACAAUUGUAAUCAUGAAUUAUGCACAUAUGAUAUAUCACAUUCACCAGAAAUUUAUUCGAGUUUUCUAGAUUCCAUUGAUUUACAAACAUUUUUCUAA